ACGCUCGAGACUGCCUCGAAUAGCUACAGCUGUAGCCGGCGACAUACCGACUUAUAACUUAUAAUUAUAGUUAUCAGAGAGAUUAUACUCAAAAUUGGCUGCUACAAUAAACGUUGUUAUCUUUUUACCUGAAGAGUGAUAUAUUUACAGUGGAGACUCACACUAAGCUCCACAAAACACGAUACAGGGUCAAACAGUGGAAUGAGAGCUGAAAGAUGGCAGACGAAUCGUAAGAAUUGAACCUUGAACCGAAGUCGCAAAACUAGAGUUUCGUGUUACCUCUACUUUUGAUAAAUCCGAGUUGGCCAAAUGUUGACGUUUUUUUGACUCAUUGCUACCCAAAAAAUCAUAAGUACCUCGACGGAAAUGUUGAGAUAGUGGUGGAUACCUUAAAACCAACCCAAUCCGCUGGAACUUGCAGUAAUGGCAGGUUUAUCAGGUUAUGAUCAAGUGUAUCGAGGCAAACUCGUCCCUCCACGACACCCUGCAAACUAUUUAGAUGAUAAAUACUACGAUUACGAGGUGAUAAGACCCCUCGAGAUUGCAUCAGCCUCAUCAAUGACCCCUGAAGCUGGCUCACCACCUGACAAUGACAUCGUCAUCAAGAGCUCCAUUGGCAUUGGCUGCGGUCUUGCCAGUCUAAUCACAGAAAAUUUGCUGAUUCACCCGUUCAUCGUGUUGAGAAGACAAUGUCAAGUUAAUCCGGUAGCAACGACCUAUCACUUAGUUCCGAUCACUCUGAUACCCGUCAUGAUGAGGCUCCAUCAGACCCAGGGGAUGAACACCCUGUGGAAGGGAAUUGGGUCGGUGUUACUCGUUAGGGGGCUCACUCUUGCUGUUGAGGACCUAUUGUCCAAGGUCACACCCUGGCCGAAGGAAAUAACCAAUGAGACUUCAUUUAAAUCCUUUGGACAGCACUUGCUCCUCAAAUGUGUUUCGAUUGGAAUUGUCUCGCCAUUUUACUCGGCAUCUCUGGUGGAGACCGUACAAUCAGAAAUAGCCUCUGAGAAACCAGGUGUACUCGAUGUGUUUCGCGAUGGGGCGAUUCGCCUGCUGGAGGUCGGUAGCAAAGGACGAAUUAUUCCUAUUUACGCUCUGUUGGGCCCCCACGUGGCUUAUGGAGUGGCUAAGUACUUGUUUGGGCUAAUAGUGAGGAGUGUAGUCUCCAGAAUUAUGGUAUUGAGGGACAGGCGUUUGCAGAAACGCAGAGGAGCGUACAACAGAGAUGUCAUCUCAGAAAACGUAAUGCAGGACAUCGAGCUUCAGUCGACAUUAAUCUCCAUGUGUGCUGCAGACAUUGUAUUCUAUCCCCUCGAAACAGUUGUCCACCGGCUCCACUUGCAGGGCACCAGAACAAUCAUCGACAAUCUGGACACAGGCAGAAGUGUCACCCCGUUGUUAACGAGUUACAGUGGUGCAUUCGAUUGCUACCGUACGAUAAUAAAUAACGAGGGCACUCUGGGGCUGUACAAAGGCUUCGGGGCACUGGUCAUGCAGUUUGGAAUGCACUUCUUAGUACUUAAAGCCACGAAAUAUAUUCUCACAGAAAUCGGUACUAUACUAAAACCAAAACACAAAACAGUUAAAACGCCUCCGCAUAAUUACUACAAUGAUAUUUAAUAAUGAUGAAUUUUUUAAAUAAUUUUGCUUCUCUCUGAAAAUUUAUUUAUAUAGCGUAAAAGGGAGAAGUAAAAAGAUAUGCAUGUAAGAUAUUCAACGUA